AUGGCGCCGGCGGCAACUCACACAGACUCCGAACCACUAAGCCCUGCUCAGUCAGAAGCCUCAUCAGCCUCUGCGGAUGCUAGACACAAAAAACAACGCGAGACACAAGUCACACAACUGACCAAAGACAUCAGAGAACUAGAGAAAGCCCAUGCCCGAAACGACAUGCUACCCCUAUACAAAAGACUUUUACAGAAACGCACAGAACUCAACACCAUUUUAAACAUCCGCACAAAAUACGCCAUUGCAAAAACACUUAGCCUAUACUAUGCACAAGGGGGGAAAA